UCUGCUAAGUGAAUGAAAAUGUACACACAGCAACCUUAAAACAAACAGAAACAGGGUGACCUAUCUGUAAACCAGUUAUCUGUUACUCCUUACGAGCAAAUAUAUCUCUUCUAUUUGUUCUUUAGCUGUUCACACAGCUACAGAGGGGGCACUCAAACUGACCCCGAGCUCCUCGGGGGGUCUCUCCGGCCCGUGCCCUAGGGGACACCCACAGUGACCCGGAUGGAAGGCGAGCAGCGCCCCAUUGAGCCCCCCCCCGCCGAAAACUGGUUAAAAGGUUAAAGUAGGAAACUGGAAAGCACGUAAAAUAGCAACAAACCAGUUUUUCCUAUUCUUAUUUCAUUAUUAUUGUUUCCGUGUUUUAUGUACGUUCCUUACUGCACGUUUACACUGAAACGCGGCUUCCUCAGGUGUUGCUCAUUCCUCAGAAUUGCGAAGUAAUUCUCUCUCUGUCACGAGCAGCCGGGGUUUCCGCACGCGGCUGAGUCAGGCUCCCGCGUCCUUCUUCUCGGCAGGGUGUGUUUCUGCCGUUUCUCGUACAGCCCUGCCGGCGUCUGCUGACGCAGAACAGAAAGAGAAAGAGCGAGAACCGGCGGUAACCCACCCAGGCUGCCCGCCUGCCCGCCUGCCCAGAGUGCCAGUCGGUCGGUCGGUGCAGCGGAGGCACGCGCCUGCGUCGCGGCCGGAAGAUGGCGUUCCUCAGGACUCCGUCCUCGCUCCACACGUGUGCCACGGCCUUGGCGUGUCUGCUGCUCGCGCUCAUCCUCGUGGCGCUGCUCCGUAAGCUCGCGCGGCGCGGGAGACCCCCCGGUGCGCCCCGCGGACCCCCGGCUGCGCCGCUCGUGGGGAACCUGCUGAGCGUGAGGCGCGAGCCGCACGUAACCCUGAUGCGACUGAGCGCGACGUACGGACAGAUCUUCAGUCUGGACUUAGGAGGCAUCCUCACCGUAGUGCUCAACGGCUACGAUGUCAUCAAAGAGUGUUUGCUGCACCAGAGCGAAACGUUCGCGGACCGACCACCUCUGCCCUUAUUCAAGAAACUGACCAACAUGGGAGGUCUCCUCAACUGCAGGUACGGCCAGGGAUGGGUGGAGCACCGAAAACUUGCCACCAACUGCCUCCGCCACUUUGGCAGUGGCCAGAGAUGGUUUGAGAGCAAGAUCUCGGAGGAGUGCUGCUUCCUCGUGGAGGCCAUGGACAAGCAUGGGGGGAAGCCUUUCGACCCCAAACGCCUGCUGACGAACGCCGUGUCUAACAUCACCAACCUCAUCGUGUUCGGGGACCGAUUUGCCUACGACGACCACGACUUCCAGAGAAUGAUUGAGAUCUUCAGCGAGAACGUAGAGCUGGCAGCCAGCGGCUGGGCCUUCCUUUACAACGCCUUCCCCUGGAUCGAGCUCCUGCCGUUCGGCAAGCACAAAAGACUUUUCCGGAAUGCCACCGAUGUCUACGAUUUCCUGCAGAGGCUCGUCGAGCGCUCAGCCCGGAACCGGACGCACCACUCGCCACGUCACUACAUCGAUGCCUAUUUGGAUGAGAUGGAGAAGGCCGCCGGUGACCCCAAGGCCUCCUACUCCCAUGAGAACCUCAUCUUCUCCACGGGCGAGCUCAUUAUCGCUGGCACAGAGACCACUACCAGCGCCAUUCGCUGGGCCGUGCUCUACAUGGCUCUCUACCCACACAUCCAAGAGAAAGUGCAGAGGGAGAUCGACGGCGUGGUGGGCGGCCUCAGGUCCCCCCGUUUGGAGGACAGGCCGCACAUGCCCUACACGGAGGCCGUGCUGCACGAGGUCCUGCGCUUCUGCAAUGUGGCACCGCUGGGCGUCUUCCACGCCACCUGCGAGGAUGCGCUGGUCAGGGGCUACUCCGUCCCCCGUGGGACCACUGUCAUCACCAACCUGUAUUCGGUGCACUUUGAUGAGAAGUACUGGGUGAACCCGGAGGUCUUCAGCCCGGAGAGGUUCCUAGAUGGACACGGACGCUUCGUCCGCCGGGAGGCUUUCCUGCCGUUCUCUCUGGGCAAGAGACACUGCCUCGGCGAGCAGCUCGCCAGGAUGGAGAUGUUCCUGUUCUUCACCACGAUCCUGCAGAUGUUCCACCUCAGGUUUCCCCAGGGCUUCGUCCCCAGCCCCACACCCAAGCUGGGCAUGACUCUGCAGCCUCUUCCCUACCACAUCUGUGCAGCGAGGAGGUGGCGGUAAGGGCAGGACAGCCAUGGCAACAGCGAGGAGCCUGGAAGAAAACUCCAGAAUGAACGAGAGAAUCUCAAAGUCUCCAGUUAGACUGAAAAUUUGCCAACGUCUGAUUGAAAUGGCAAACGUUUUCUACA